UUGCCGUUCCUUCUUGCCUCUGCAAAGUCAUGUCGGAUUUCUUGUUCUCGCUGCGAACAUCGUCACUGUGGUCGCACCCCCUGCUUCUCGCUCUUCCUGCACUCUAUAUAUUGCACAAGACACUCAGGCGACCGACAAGACUUCGCAAAGUCACCCAUGAUGAAGAGCGUGUCCUCAUCCUCGGUGCUUCCAGUGGAAUUGGGCGCGCUAUAGCUGAAAAGUAUGCAAAGCGCGGCGCUCGCGUCUGCAUCGUCGGAAGACGGCAAGAUCAAGUGGAUGAAGUCAUACUGCUGUGCAGGGGCUUGUCUUCGACGGGAACGGAUAAUACCAUACUCGGAAUUGCUGCAGACUUCGCGAAUGCGGAGGACCUCGUCAAGAUCAGAGAACAAAUUCAGGCUGAAUGGGGAGGACUGGACACCCUGGUAGUCGCUGCAGGCGUGUCCGCUCUGCGCCCACUGAUGGAGGUCGCCGGAGUCGAAACCACCAAGUCUGGCUUCUCUCCUGACCAUGCUUCACUAGAGGGUAUACAGAAAGCCUCCGAUGUUGCCUCUGCUGCCAUACACAGCAACUAUAUAGGCCCUCUCAUGUCCGCUGUGGCAUUCAUCCCUCUUCUCUCAGAAACAUCGAAAGCGCCAUCCAUCCUACUGAUCUCCUCACUCGCCUCCGUCAUCCCAGCGCCCACCCGCUCCAUCUACGCGUCCACCAAGGGCGCAUCGCUCUUGCUCUACCAAUCCCUCGCCAUCGAGCACCCGAACAUCGCCUUCUCGCACAUCAUGCCGUCGACCGUCGAGGGCGACUUCCGCGCGUCUGCGGUCGACGCGGGCCCCGUGCGCGAGGCGAAUCCGAACAAGCACGGCCUCAAGCGCGAAUACGUCGCGGAGCACUGUAUUCGGGCGGUCGAUGAAAGGCAGCGGACGGUGUUUUUGCCUUGGACGAUGCGGGUGGGGCAUUUGUUAUAUUGGCUGUGGCCGGCGUUUGUGGAAAGGCAGGCGAGGAAGAAGUACAACUUUGAGACGCAGGGAUGAGCGGGAUCAUGAUAUGAAAGAGUUCUUUUGGAACUCAUUUGCGGCAGUGGUGGACGGGGUUGGCAGCACGUACCGGUGUCGGACGUCUAUGAAGUUUGGCACAAGGAAGGUCAG